AGGACAAUGACACCAAUAAGAGUAUUACUUGAACUAGUUUUAACAUCAGGAAGUUUGCCUCCCGAAAAAUCAGGUGAGAUUUGGGCACGUUUCCUGGCCUUGGAAAGCAACAUUGGAGAUUUAGCUAGUAUACUGAAAGUGGGAAAAAGGAGACACACAGCAUUCAAGGAGGGGUAUGAAGGGAAGGAGACGGCACUCCUUGUGGAUAGAUACACAUUUAUGGACCUGUACCCCUCCUCCACAAGUGAACUGAAAGCUUUGGGAUACAAGGAUGUACCGAGAGCCAAACUGGCAGCACUAAUCCCAGACCCUGUGGUAGCUCCAUCCAUAGCCCCUUCGCUGAAAGACGAUGUUGAAAACCAGAGUAUCCCAAACCUGACACGUCCCAGAGGAUCCCUUUCCAGCCGCGACAUUUAGCUCAUAAGCCUUUUUACAGCAAACUGAUUGCUUCAACCAGGAAAAUCUUUUGAGCACUUUUAUUUGCUGAUUGUAACUAGUUGCUUCUUUUUCUACUAAUCCAUUCCUGGGGGUGCCGUGCCUCUAUGCGCACCAUGUUAUCUGCCUGGGAGUGCUGCACAUUUGCCCGCUGCCAUUGGUCACUUUAGUAAUCGCACUCCCGUUUCCUUUUUAUAGGGCUGCAUAUAAAUAACCUGCAGAUAUAUUCCUGUGACUUAAGGAAAAUGUCCUUUACUCCUAAAUGUGCAUGAAAACCAAAGGCGACUGCAUAAUUUCAAGAGCUGAUAGUGUUGGCUUGCAGAACAGCCGCAUGUAAUAACCACCAAAAACAAUAUUUUUCUGUU